AUGCAAGAGAUGGCACACGCAGGACAGAAACGAAAGCGGACGMCUCCCACCCCACACAUUCCGCCGACACCACAAGCCAAACACCCCUACCUCGCCGGCAACUUCGCUCCCAUCUCCCAGACAUUGCCAUUGACCAAAUGCACGUGGACCGGUCACAUACCCCAAGAACUGGCCGAUGGCCAAUACGUCCGCAAUGGCAGCAAUCCCGUGUCGAAUGAGGAUCUGGGCCGAGAUGCGCACUGGUUUGAUGGCGAUGGCAUGUUGUCCGGUGUCCUCUUCCGCCGCGACACAACAUCGGGAGACAUCACGCCGGAAUUCGUCAAUGCCUACGUACUGACCGAUGUCCAUCUCUCCGCCACCUCGUCCCCACGCUUGAUUCGUCCCAUCCUGCCGUCCAUUGCCACGCUGGUCGAUCCCUUGGCCAGCUUCAUCUACGUCACGUGGAGAAUUAUUCGGACCAUCUUGCUUGUCAUCCUCUCCCAUCUCCCCGGCUCCAAGCAGGCCAUCAAGAAGAUUUCCGUGGCCAACACCAACAUCGUCUUCCACGAUGGACGCGCCUUGGCGACGUGUGAGAGUGGUCCACCCAUCCGCAUUCAACUUCCCGGACUGGAGACGGUGGGAUGGUACAAUGGAUCCACCGCCCAGAAUGAGCCUCCUCAACCGCUUCCAUCCGCAGAGGAAUGUCGCUUCUUGGGUCAAGACAGCGGAUUGAUUGGGUUCAUGCGCGAAUGGACCACUGCGCACCCCAAAGUCGACCCCGUCACGCAAGAAAUGCUCAUGUUCCAUUCCAGUUUCGCCCCGCCAUAUGUUCAAUACAGCAUCGUCCCGGCACAGCAAACUUCCUCCACCUCCCACCUCCCAAGGAGGAAGAUGCUCAAUGCUGCUGUCCCGGGUGUCACUUCCGCCAAGAUGAUGCACGACUUUGGGUGCUCCUCCACCCACACCGUCAUCAUGGAUCUCCCCCUCUCCCUGGAUCCUCUCAACACCUUCAAAGGAACGCCGACUGUCGCCUAUGAUCCAUCGAAACCUUCGCGAUUCGGCGUCUUUCCUCGCCACUCUCCUCAACAAGUCACAUGGUACGAGACGGACGCCAGCAUUGUCAUGCAUACAGCAAACACCUGGGAUGAAGUCGACGAGACCACAAGACAAGUAACGGGUGUGAACAUGCUCUGCUGUCGCCUCACCUCCGCAACUCUCGUCUUCGCGGCCGGAAACAUCGCCGCUCCAGCGCCCAUCCCGCGCAAACCUGCCGUCGUGGCGAAACGGAAGCGCAUGUCCUUCUUCUCACCCUACAAUGCCGCCGUGGAACCGACACACGUGGAGCGCCAUGUCGAUGAGAAGGAGCCUCUUCUCCAUACUGUUGAGAACACCAAUCUCGACGACGAAGAGGAGUUAAUGGAGGAAGACCAAUGUCGUCUCUAUUACUUCCACUUCUCCCUCACCAACCCAUCAACCAUCAUCUCUCAAUACGCCCUAACCGCCAUUCCCUUUGAAUUUCCCUCGACCCAUCCCGCCAAAAGUAUGCAAUCCGCAAGAUACAUCUACGGCUGCAGCACCACAACCUCUUCCGCUUUUGGCGCCGCUUUGGGAAAAGCCACCAAAAUCGACGCCGUCGUCAAAGUUGAUGCUGGAACAUUGAUUGAGCGAGGAAGACGUAAUCCGCCGAAAAGUGUCUCGGGAGUCGUGGAUUCCCGGCCGGUGGAAGACAUUUCCGUCGGAGACGAAGUCAUUGGCAUGUUCAAACUCCCUCCAGGAUGGUUCGCUCAGGAACCGAGAUUUGUUCCGCGCGAUGGUGGGCAAGGAGAGGACGACGGAUGGYUGCUAUUCUAUGCUUUUGAUGAGAGUCAGUUGGAUGCGACAACGGGGGAAGUGGAGCGGGAGGAGGGCGUGCAUUCGGAAUUAUGGAUUCUGGAUGCGAGGGAUAUGGAUAGUGUGGUGGCGAGGGUGGUUUUGCCGCAGAGGGUUCCGUAUGGCUUGCAUGGGAGUUGGUUUCCGAAGGAGGAAAUUGAGGGCCAGAGAGGGGUUGUGGAGUUUAGGAGGGAGAUACAGGGGACGGAGGAGGGGAGAGGAGUUUGGGCUGCUGUUAGGAGGGGUUUGGAACGGGGUUUGGCGUAG